GCCGUCUUUUGGAUCCUCUACAGUCUGAGGCCGUCAGCCUUGCACACGCGAGGCCCAUUUUCAGCUAAGAACCUUCCUUGAGUCAAUUAUGAUCAUGACGAUAUACCAUCUACUAAUAACGAGCUGAAGCCUUGGCCAGAGAGGCAUUUAUUUAUUCGAUGCAACCGUUCAAAAUUUCACUCUUUUCUUUUUCUUCGGCAACCCCUUUGGGCCACGGCCACAUCCAUCUACUCAUUCUUGUGCUCUGUUACAGGAACCCCAUUCGAGCCGGGGGGUUGUGCAAAGUUGGUGUUGCCGGAGUAUUCACCACAUGCUUUGGUCAUUUGACAAUUGCUCGGACUUCAUAUUAUUUUGUGAGAAGAAAUACCCAACAUCAAAUCAGAUACCAUUAAAAGUUACAAGUGAAAAAAACACGCAACUUCUCUCCUCUUCGUUUUACAGGGCCG